CGGAAAUUACUUGAAAAGCGACCGGAAUCUCUUCCUGGUCGAUGUGGACAGAAAGAAGAAAUUCAGGGGCGGCAAGCCCCAGUCACUGGUAUCCGACGUGCUGUGCAAGAUUGACGAAGAAGUCUGUCUCCAGAAAUGUAAGGUCUUCACUCAGUUUGCACCUCGCUGGAUGUUGAUAGAUCCACAUAGUCCCCAGAUAGUUCCGAAAGUAAGUUAUGGCGUCAUCCAAAGCAAAGGUCGGAGUCAACAGUGAGACAAACUCCCUUAAAGAAAGUAAAAGCAACGCGAGCAGCUCAGCUGAAGACGCCUCACCAAAUAACCGCAUAUAUUGCCUUGAUGACCUGGAGACUGUCGCCACAGUCGGCACAGGGACUUUUGGACGAGUCUUCCUGGUCAAGGACAAAAAGAGCAGGGCCUUCUUUGCCCUGAAGCAGAUGAAGAUCCCUGACGUGAUCCGACUGAAGCAGGAGCAGCACGUCCAUAAUGAGAAGGAGGUGCUGAGCGAGGUCAACCACUCCUUUCUCAUCAGACUGUUCUGGACUCACCACGAUGAACGUUUUCUCUAUAUGCUCAUGGACUACGUGCCAGGCGGCGAGCUCUUCAGCUACUUACGGAGCCGUGGGCGCUUCAGCAACGCCACGGGCCUUUUUUAUACCUCUGAGAUCGUUUGUGCCAUUGAGUACCUCCACUCCAAAGAAAUUGUGUAUCGAGACCUGAAGCCUGAGAACAUCUUGCUGGACAGCGAAGGACACAUCCGUCUGACGGACUUUGGCUUCGCUAAGAAGCUCACAGACAGGACGUGGACUCUGUGUGGGACUCCUGAGUAUCUGGCUCCUGAAGUCAUCCAAAGCAAAGGUCACGGCCGGGCAGUGGACUGGUGGGCUCUGGGCAUCCUCAUCUUUGAAAUGCUGGCUGGGUAUCCACCUUUCUUUGAUGACAAUCCAUUUGGAAUCUAUCAGAAGAUUCUGGCUGCAAAACUGGAAUUCCCACGUCAUCUGGAUUUCUAUGUCAAAGACCUCAUAAAGAAGUUUCUUGUGAUUGACCGAGCCAGACGGCUAGGCAACAUGAAGAAUGGAGCAGACGACGUGAAAAAGCACCGAUGGUUUAAAACUAUUGACUGGGAGGCCGUUCCUCUGAGGAAACUAAAGCCUCCUAUAGUUCCUAAAGUUUCCCAUGAGGGCGACACCUCCAACUUUGAUGUUUACCCAGAGGAUGACUGGAAGAAAGACCCUCCUGUGGCCCAGAAAGACUUGGAGGUCUUCAAAAACUUCUGAUCCCUCAGCUGUUAUUUAUUAAUUGAUUGAUUUAUGUGGAUAACUAACAACACACAUUGUAAAACUACUAUUACAGGUACUCUGUUGGAGAAAACACUUAUUUAUCAAAUUGGGGGAUUUGCAUCUUAUCUGUAAUAAUGAACUUCCAAAGGACAGAUGCUGUGACGUGUAUGUAUGAAACUAAAGAAAUGGUUAGCUUUUUAUACUUUUAUUUAUCUGCUACUUUGAGUUUAUUUUAUUUUUUGUUUUUAUUCUCUGAGCCCAUUCAUAUGCAAAAAUAUCUGGUUCAUUUGAAACCAAAAGACUGUUACUUUCUGGGUAUAAAACAGAAAAAAAAUCAGGUCUUUUUAUAUAGUCGUGUUUUAUAGUUUCUCUCUUUUUAAAAUGUUCAUGUAGUCAUGUUUAAUGUGACUUCAGACUGAUACUGUAACAGUCUUCUGAUCAGUAGUCAUUAAUGACAUGACUUAUUCUAUAUGUAGUCAGACACUUGGAUAGAAAAAGCGUGACCAGUAGCACUUGUAAAGAAAGUGCCUUACAUCACUGUUUGAUGUCUCGCAGCUACACAUUUGAAAUCUGUGCUGUGUCAAUGGAAUUCAAAGUACAGUGGACUUGGAACAUGUGAGGUGCUGUUGGAGGCAACAUACCACUGAACUGUUGUCACAUCUAAUAAUGUAAAGCUGUCUAACAUCUCUGCGUUAGGUCUCUUCACAGCCCAAGGUUUUUGCCAUUACUGUAGAGCCACAGCUGCUCUGCAGGUGCUCUGCUGCACCUUGUGCCCAUUCACCUCACUCACUUUCAUUCUUGUUGUCAUAUUUUACUUAAAGCCAAGGAUAUUAUGUAAGAGCCUCAUUUAGUGCAUCACAGUACAGAGUGAAUGUGCAGUUGGUAGGGAUAGGAAUCUAAAUUCUCGAUAAGAACCAGUUCCCAGAUAUAGUUAGUCUGCCUGCCUAUCAACCCUGCUUAUCCCCUUGCACUUGCACUACAGUCAGCGGAUUUCAGUUCAUGUGCCGAUGAGGUGGCACAGCUAUUUUUAUUGCACAAAACCAUGAGAGUGCAAUGGUACAAAGGAAAGUGUGUCCAGGACAGAAACAGCUGUUGAUGAUGUCGCUAACACAAUAUCAGCUCUUUGGAGGCACUUACACAGACAGCACAGCAUGCUAACGCUAAGCUAGCCAAGAACCCAGAGUUAAAUUAAAGCAUAGUGAAUCCUGACGCCAGCCCAGCAGUCAGACCCUGAACAUUAACCGGUAUCGAAGCCAGCGAUGAAGCCUUCAUCUCUACCUGUUCAUGGUUCUAAAGUAGAGGCACCGUGGCGAUCGCGUUAAAGUCUCUGUGCUGGUUUUCAUCUUUGCUUCAUGUUCAUACCUAAAUACUAAGACAAGGAUCACAUUUGUGUCCUCCUUAGGACAGGGAUUUGUGUUGGUGUGUGCUGGGACUGUAGCCUCAGGUUUAUGUUAUUAAAUGCUUAUAAGAUGAUACUUUUCAGGUCACAAAGGACUUUCUCCUGGGAACAAUAAACUAAAGUACUUCAUUGCUUUUAAGAACAGUGUUCUGACUAAUGUAUUUUUGAGUAAUGACCCCAGCACUGAUCGCACAGCAUGCAAUUACUCUGAACGAAUAUAAUGUCUUUGAUGUGCUGCUUAGUGAAGGUGAUGACUCUAAAAGCGGAGCCAGUGAAAAUCAAUAAGUGAUAUUGAUAAUGCUAAAUUCUUAUCAGUUCCCAUUCUUAGCAUUCAGUACAGUCAGUAUUCAUUAGCAUUUCUGUGAACUUUCGCUUGCUGAAUAUCACAACAAUAUCAACCUUCCAAAAUAAACCUUGUUUAUCAUGGGUUUUGUGCCUCGUACUUCAUUAUAAGUUGGAUCCAUCUCAUUAUAACUAAAAUGGGCACAGUGUUCUUCCAUGCCUCCAAUGCACAUGGCAGGCUCCAUAAAAGGAUGGUUGGAGAACCUGAAUCCUACUGAACACCUCUAGGAUGAACUAGAAGGGAUGUUGAACUCUUGUCAAACAUCACUGGCUGACUCCACUUUGAAUGUUGACCUUAUAGGCUGUUGUGAAAAAUUUCUAAACACUUUGAUGGAAGCCAUGAUGUUUGUUCAGAUGGAUUACACGACAGAGGGGUUGUAUUUUAUUAGCAACCGUCCGUUGGACUGCCUUGGUGGAUGACAUAAGAGUAUUUUCCUUUUUUCAUUCUUUCAUUCGUCCCUUGUAUCUGUAUCCUGUUUUGUAAACAUUAUGGAAUUAUCUUUCCUAAUUCACAGUGCAAAUGUUGGUCUGAACACAACCUUACUGGACCUUUGAAACAUCCUAGCCUAUCAAUGGCUUUGACUGGAAUUUGUUUAGAUGAACUGAUGGCUCCAGCAUCAAUUCUCUCUGGGUGAACUGUCUCACUGCAGAAACAAUCACCCAAUGUCCUUAUUACACAGGUUUUCCUCAUCCAUUUAUUUGUAUCUAGCUGCAGCCACACUCUCUCUAUAAAUUAAAGUUUUCUAAAGUUUUUUCUUAUUUUUUCAGAUUACUGUUUUUGUUUUUACAACUUAAAUUGUUCCAGAGCUUGUGGCACACCCUGAAGACAUUUUAAAAACACAUUUUAAAGGUGAAAAGUAGCUCCUGUUGAAAUGAGUUAGCAAGAGUCAUUUGUAAGAUAAGGCCAAGAUACCAUCUCAUGUCCACGUAGGUCUGUAAAAGUCCAAACAGCUAGAAGGAUACCAGAAUAGUGGAGCUGUUGGCCAGCCAUAUAUCUCAUGAUGGUAAGCUUUUCUUGUUGCACUUCUGUGUUACACAGACAAACAAAGCUGCUUCUCUGUUGUCGUAACAGCGACGUUAUGUGGUUCAGUACCUUACAGAAGUAGACGAAAGUCCGCUGUUCUGAGUUCAAGAUUGCAGAUGACUUAUUCAUUGUUUAUCAGUCCAAUGUCAGUUGCAGUGGACUCCAGACAUUGCAACUCUAAAUUAGAUAAGCUGAUAAGAAAAUGAUUGGAUCCAAGUGUCUGGAGUACCUGAGACCUGCUGUCAGGCAGAGAGCACCUGUCCCCUGCAUCACCUGUUCACUGCAGUUAUAAAAUGGCAUGUUUGCUUACAUUUUUUUUAUUUAAAGUAAAUAAAAUAUUCUACUUCCUGUGAAUGAGUCCUCAAGAUAAGUGGAUACAUCAGAGAUUUAACUUCAGUAAACUGAAAUCUAACUUUAGAUCCUUCAGACUCAGUCAGGUCACUACAUGAGGCCAUCUGUAAGACUCCACAUAAGUCUACUGAAGGUUUUCCAGAACAUUAUCACACAUGGAUGAAUUCUGAGGUAGACCUUUUAAAGGAGACUCUUAGUGAUUCAGUGACAGACUUUAUUUAUGCAGUCUGUUAACUAUGGAUGAAUGAAAACCCAAACUCCUGAAACCCAGCAGCUCUGUUAGGCCAUUAAAGCGAAGGACCACUGCAAAUUAACUCAGAGCUCCCAUUCAGUGAAUGGUUUGAUUGGGAUUAAAAUGAUAAGGAUCAUAUUCUUUGACUUUCCUAGUCAGCAGAUCUUAACACGUCCACUUGUUAGACAACACUAAAAGUAGUGUCCACCCUCGAGGACAAUGCCAGAAAAUUCAAGAAUCGGCGACAAGGAGCAUUGAAGCUGUUUUGGCUGCAUGUUGAAGCCUGUGCUGUAAUCACCUGAGCUUAAAUGUGUUGUUGACAUUUCUAUGUUAUUGUCUUGAUGCUUAUCAGAGUGUACGAUUUGAAUUAUGCUGUUUAUGGGCAUCAUUUUACAGAGAGCUGUGUGUGUCCUGUUAAGUAGGUUUUCUAAAUGGAAAUGUCCGCAUGCUUUAAAAUGCCUGAAGUGUCACACUAAUCUGUAUUCACAUGUUUUUUGCUUUGCUGUACUCCUGCUGCAUUUCAAGCUUUGUUUUCUUACCCGAGGAGUGUACAUGUUGUUCUGUCCAGUCCAGGGACAUUGUGUCUUACACAGCAAUAUAUUGUUUAAAAUGUCAA